AUGAUCACCCUGGUGCUCACUGAACACGUGGCUGCUGCAGAGCCCAACCUGCGAGGAGAAGAGGCUGCUGGGGGCGACCAGCUCAUUCAUGAGCAAGACCUGGCCUGGCUGCAGCAGGCAGAUGUGGUUGUGGCCGAAGUGACACAGCCAUCCUUGGGUGUUGGCUAUGAACUAGGCUGGGCAGUAGCUCUUGGUAAGCAAAUUCUGUGCCUGUUCUGACCACAGUCUGGCCGAGUGCUCUCUGCCAUGAUUCGGGGUGCAGCAGAUGGCUCGAGGAUCCAGGUGUGGGACUACACAGAAGGAGAGGUGGAUGCCAUGCUCGAUCGAUACUUUGAGGCUUAUCCUCCUGGGGGGAAAGCUCCCUCCAGUAAUCCAAGCACCUGA